AUUCCAUUGUUGACGAAAGCUGUAAUAAAUUAUGAUCAUUAACAGAGAUACAGAUCAUGGUCUAGCUCGAUCUACAGUAUUCGGUGCAACACUACUUGGGAUGGUCUAUGGCCUAUAAGUAGAUGACUCGAGGAGGAGUGCUGGGACCGGAAAUAAAAUCUGUAUGUAUUGUUGGCCCCGCGCCGGCCAUUUCUUAGAAGAAAGAUAAUCAAAUUAGAUUUGCACCCACUUCCGGCCCCCUCCCCCUCUCUUCUUCCCCCUCCUCCUCCUACAUUCCAGGGAUCAGUUCCCAACACCUGGCAGCGCGGCCUCUUGCUUGUCCACUCUUUUCAAUAUUUCUGUUAUUCUCAGCUUGCUAUUUUUCUUCGACACGUUUUUGAGACGUUUAAGGAAGCGACAAGGGCCAGGAAUCGGAAGAAUCUAGGUUGAGUUUGUUGUUUUGUAGGGUAAAAUGGUUGCUCCUUUGUCAGCUUGGCCUUGGGAGAACUUUGGCCGCUUCAAGUAUCUACUAUAUGGACCUUUUCUUGCAAAAGUUGUGCGUUCGAGAUUUCAAGAGGAUGGUCCCGAAGAUAGUAAUUGGUGCCUCCAUAUUCUGAUAAUAUGUGCACUAAGAGGUUUAAUUCAUCAGUUAUGGAGUUCUUACAGUAACAUGCUUUUCCUGAAGAGAAAUCGCAGGAUUGUUCAUCAAGGGGUUGAUUUCAAGCAGAUUGACAUGGAAUGGGACUGGGACAAUUUCAUUAUUCUUCAAGCAUUAAUUGCCUCCAUCGCCUGCUACAUUUUUCCAUUCCUUGAAAAUCUUCCCCUCUGGAACACAAAAGGAUUUAUUGCUCUUCUGACACUCCAUAUGGCUGUUUCAGAGCCUCUCUAUUACUGGAUGCAUAGGUGCUUCCAUGGGAACCAUCUUUUUACUCAUUAUCAUUACCUUCACCAUUCGUCUCCUGUUCCCCAGCCCUUUACAGCUGGAAAUGCAACAUUGUUGGAGCAUCUUGUAUUAACCGGAAUUAUUGGAAUUCCGAUACUCGGGGCUUCUUUAAUGGGAUAUGGAUCGAUAAGCAUGAUCUAUGCCUAUGUUUUAAUCUUUGAUUUUCUGAGAUGUUUGGGGCAUUGCAAUGUCGAAGUUGUUCCGUACCAAAUUUUCGAGACCAUUCCCUUUCUGAGAUAUCUUAUAUAUACACCAACAUACCACAGUUUACACCACCAAGAUAUGCGUACCAAUUUCUGCCUUUUUAUGCCCCUGUUUGAUUCAUUUUGGAAGACACUCAACGGCAAAUCAUGGGAAUUGCACAAGAAAAUAAGUUCAAAUCUAGGCAAAUCUGCAAGAGUACCGGAUUUUGUCUUCCUAGCCCAUGUGGUGGAUGUCUCGGCCGCUCUGCACGCGCCCUUCGUUUUCCGAUCGUUUGCAGCAAUGCCAUUCUCGACGAAUUUGUUGUUAAUCCCGUUGUGGCCCGGCACCCUUUCGGUAGUGCUCAUGAUGUGGGCUUGGUCUAAAACUUUUGUUUACUCUUUCUACCAACUCAGAGGCCGGUUGCACCAGACAUGGGUUGUGCCUAGGUGUGGCUUCCAGUAUUUCUUACCAUUUGCAAGUGAGGGCAUCAAUAAGCACAUUGAGCAGGCCAUUCUCAGGGCAGAUAAACUUGGGGUUAAAGUCAUUAGCCUUGCUGCAUUAAACAAGAAUGAAGCUCUCAACGGGGGUGGAACACUGUUCGUGAACAACCACCCAAACCUUAAAGUUCGAGUUGUCCAUGGAAACACCUUGACGGCGGCUGUUAUCCUCAAUGACCUACCUAAGGAUGUGGAAGAGGUAUUUUUAACAGGCGCUACUUCGAAGCUCGGUAGAGCCAUUGCCCUCUACCUUUGCCGAAGGAGAGUAAGAGUCCUUAUGCUGACAACAUCGGGAGAAAGAUUUCAAAAAGUACAGAAGGAGGCUCCAAUGGAUUGUCAGAGCAACCUAGUACAAGUGACAAAGCACCAAGCAGCACGAAAUUGCAAGACGUGGAUUGUUGGGAAAUGGAUCACACCAAGGCAACAAAGCUGGGCGCCACGUGGAACACAUUUCCAUCAAUUCGUUGUCCCUCCAAUCUUGCCCAUUAGAAGAGAUUGCAUUUAUUCUGAUCUUGCAGCCAUGAGAUUACCUGACGAUGUCCAAGAGCUUGGAUGUUGCGAGUAUACGAUGGAGAGAGGAGUGGUGCAUGCAUGCCAUGCCGGGGGAGUGGUUCAUCUUCUCGAAGGUUGGACUCACCACGAAGUCGGGGCGAUUGACGUCGACCGGAUCGACCUCGUCUGGGAUUCUGCAUUGAAGCACGGUAUUAGGCCUGUCUCAUCAACCAAGGCAAAAACUUCUCAAUGAAAGCAAGAAAGCAAUUGUUGUAACCAGUGGAUUUUUCUUUUUAACAAAAAAAAAAGAGGACAACAAAAUGCCAUUUAAUAGUUAUAUGUAAGCGAACGCAAACAAGUUGUGCCACCUAUUUAAGAUAAUAUAAUAAUGAUAUUUAAGUUAUA